AUGGACCUCGCCGGCAGCGGCUCCCGCUUCCAGUCGGACCUGGCCUUCUGUCCGGACUGCGGCUCCGUCCUGCCCCUGCCCGGGGCGCAGGAGGCCGUCGCCUGCGCUCGCUGUGGCUUCGCCGUCCACGUGCGAGACUUCGAGGGCAAGGUGGUGAGGACCGCGGUCGUGUUCCACCAGCCGGGCACGGCCGUGCCCGCGGCGAUGGAGGACGGCCCCGAGCUCCAGGGGCCCGUGGUGGACCGGCGCUGCGCCCGCUGCGGGCACGAGGGCAUGGCUUACCGCACCCGGCAGAUGCGCUCCGCCGACGAGGGCCAGACCGUCUUCUUCACCUGCAUCCGCUGCAAGUUCCAGGAGAAGGAAGACUCUUGA